UCCAUUUUCCUAUGAGUCCAAACGCAACACGCGGGACUCUCUACGUCAGCACGCUACGCGCCAAAUUUGUUUCGUGCGGAAGGCGCAACAACAAAAUACCAGUGGACACUGUGUUCUUCAAAUUUUGUCUUUCAGUCGCCGCUAUUUUGCUAAAUUUUUCCUCUUCAGUAUGUCUCAGCAGGAUGGCUAUUCCCCCAGCUUCAAGCGACCGGCUGAAAUUAUGCGAAUGAGGAGAAAAAGAGGCCGAGGCGACGCCGCUGUCUUCUCUAGCCCGAGCGGCCAGGAUUCCCCUGGCAGUCCUACACAAAGCGGCUCAUCCCCGGCAUGUGUUCGGCCUUUCUCCCCGGGGCCACUUUUCAAGACUCAGAACCGCUCCGGGGGUGGGAUGAAACGCAGAAACCCGUUCGCAAAUAUUGAAAACACUUACAAUCCCAAAAAGAAAUGUCUAAUUUAUAACGACGACGGGAAUGCCGAAGCUGCCGACAGUAAAAAGAUAAACAAAUCGACAGAAGAAGAGGGAGAUGAGGACGUGUCAUCAAGGAAAGAGGGUCAAGGAGUUUUAUCUUUCAGUGCAAGUUUGACUGAGGCAGAAAAACAGGAACACCAAGAUAUUUCCAGCAAGAAGUGUCUUACAUUCUCCGAAGAUGACUCUCUGUUUGAAGAAGAGGGUGGAGAUGUUAAAAGUCCACUGCUGAAGCUCUCUGCCCAGAGUCCUCAGGCCAUUGCUCCUGCCUCUAUAGCUCCUCCCGUCUGCACAGAGUACCCAGCAGACUGGAGCCUGAAGACUCGCCUCCUAUUCACCUCCUCGCUCUCCCUGUCAUGGGCUGAGCAGCCCAAAGCCCAGGACGAAUCCCUGGGGCUCAGCCAGCACUGCAGAGCUCAGUUUAACACCUUACCUCACACACUACAGGAUCCCAGGUCCUGCUCGGAGCUUCGAAGUGCCUUCCAGCAGAGCCUGGUCUACUGGCAGCAUCCCUCCCUACCAUGGAUCUCUCUGUUUCCCAGGAUCAAUGCUGAGAGGAGCUUCACGGGGAAGAGCACCCCCUGGGCACAAGAUACAUCACUGCAGCAGAGUCUCAUGAGUGAAUGGUCAGUCAGUCUGUCUUCUCUCUACAGUCUACUGAAGGCCAGACUGUGUCCUUACUUCUACCUCUGUUCCUAUCAGUUUACAGUGUUUUUCAGGGCAGCAGGUCUCGGUGGUUCUAAUAGCAUCACAGCCUUGAUUUCUCCUACAACCCGGGGUCUCAGAGAAGCAAUGAAGGCUGAAGGUAUAGAGUUCAGUCUCCCUCUAGUGGAGGAGGAGAAGAAGAACAAGGAACAACAAAACCUGACAGUGCAACAAGGAGAAGAGGAGCAACACAAGGAGAAAGCAGAGGAGUUUUCUGGGCUGAAAGAAGGUAUAGACUGUCAGGCAGGUGAUAAGGGGGAAAAGGAUGGAUACAAUGAUGAUGACGACAGUGGUUUCUCCUGGUUGAAGGAGAUGGGAAUUCAGGACAAAAUCAAGAAGCCCGACAGCAUCACCAUUCAACUUCGUAAGGAGGGUCACACUGUGUCUCUGGACCAUAAACCAGAGUCUGUGGUGUGUGUGGAGGGAUCUCACACGUUCACCCUCAUCAACUUCCUCAUUAACUGUAAGAGCCUGGUGGCUGUAGCGGGUUCCCAGGCUGGGUUACCACCAACACUGCUGGCUCCCACUGCUUUCAGAGGAGCUACAAUGCACACACUGAAGGCCCGCAGUGUGAACGUGAAGAGCCAAGUUGGUUCUACCUACCAGAAUAUCAGCAGUCUGGAGAUCACAGGACCUAUCCUCCCCUCCUCUCUCCAUGCCAUCACAACCCUCCUUCGGCCUUCACAAAAAGGAAAUUUCUCAGCUACUCUUUACACACACACACCUACUGCUGUCAUGAACAUAUACACCACCAAGCAAAAGUAUACCAGUUGUCCGUUGGACCUGUCUGGCUGUGGUCUCCAUCCUGCUUCCAUCCAGCAGUUGCAGCAGCCCUCUAGCCUGGGCAAGACUGCUCUGACACACAUCAACAUGAACAACUACAGCUAUACCUGGAAGAACUGAAGGGAAGUGUUAGUGACCCUGUGUGUUCCUGGAAGAAAGUGUGUGACAGAAACAUCUUUUCUAUUGCACAUAAAAGCUGCACAUUUACUGUUGUUUUACCCCUGUUGAGAUUGCUCUUGUUCAGUUUGAUAUUAGGAAAUGAUCCUAAUAGAAUUCUGAAGAGCUGCUUGAAGAAGUUAAACCAGUACUCCUCUGAGUGUAUGUUUCUCUUUAAAUGCCUUUUAAAAACAGAUUUUAUUGCAAUGCAUUUUGUUUUGUUUGUUUAAUCUUUUUUUAAAGCUAUGAUCUUGUAAUGAUUGAAAUAUUCUGUGUAGUUAGUGUAGAUAUAUGAACAGUUUAAGCAGCUCGUUAAUAAAUGCAUUUUAUUUGUUUCUAAUUUGUUUUAUUUUGGGUAAAACUGAUUUUAUUUUGCCAUUAUUUUUUUUCAUUUCAGCUUUUAUCAAAUUAAAUUAUUGGUGCACUGUGACAUGUUUUGAGAUGGUGUUGCAGGACUGUAUGGAAUAAAUGUAUUCCUUGGGGAAUCUAUUAAGUGCUGGGGAAGUUACAUUUCAGCAAUAAAUGUUUUU